AUGUCCACAAUCAGUUCAGCUGCUGUGGAGCUUGCUUUAAUGAAACUUCCAGAAUAUUCUCAUGCUACUGCUAGAAUGUCGAUUGUUGGAGCUGCCAAGAUGGGGAAACUCAAGAUCAAACACUUGGCCGCAAAAGGGUGCACAAAAAUAGUGAGGUUAUUCAUUGACAUUUUUACUCCACGAAAUGUGGGAUCAUAUAUGUCUGAUCUUGAAACUGGUCAAGUUUACAAUGUGAAUGGUUUGAAUGAAGUUGUGGCCAGUAAUACAGAGGACCGACUGCAAAAAGUAAUGGAAGCUCAGGUAAUCACUGAGGACGAAGUGAAAGAGUUUGAAGCCUGGAACGACUCUCUUUAG